AGAAGUCAAGCGUACAUUUGAACUACUCCCCCAAAUUCAAUUAAAAUUGAUAAAAGUGCGGCUAUUUUUAGUUGUUUCUGUGAUUACGCCCUUCACUACAAUCGCAUUAGAUGAUAACAAUCCAGUUUGGGGCCCACGUGUUUACUGCGUGACCCUUUAGUGACCUUCACCUGAUACAACUCCAAAAAUAUUACAACAGUUUUGCCGGUUAUUACGCGAUAAAUCAAGUUUUGCCAAAGUAACACGUCAAUAGGUGCAUCAUUGCCCAAGCUGAGGUCAAGUCAGGGUUACACUGAUACAGAUAAAACAAAUAUUCAGUGCUCAUUCAUUCGCUAUCUCCUUAACUCAAGACAUGUCUUUGAAAAAAACCGUAAAUCUCCUCGUGAUACGCAAGAAUGGCGUUAUCAAGCAAAGAUCGAGCUCGUGGUGGUCUCAAGUGGCCAUGGGCCCCCCUGAUGCCAUUCUGGGGGUGACCGAAGCCUUCAAACGCGACACCAACCCGAAUAAAAUCAACCUGGGCGUGGGGGCUUACCGAGACGAUAACGGCAAGCCCUAUGUUUUGCCCUCCGUGCGUAAAGCUGAGGAAAAACUGCGAGCAAAAAACUUAGACAAGGAGUACGCCCCCAUUUCGGGGAUCGCUGAGUUUUGCAAAGCUGCAAUCGAACUAGCUUUGGGGGCAAACUCCGAGAUUGUCUCCAAUGGGCUCAAUGCCACUGUUCAAGGCAUCUCUGGGACAGGUUCCCUCCGAGUGGGGGCUGCCUUCUUUAGCAAUUUUUACCCAGGGAUUAAAACAGUCUACCUGCCUAAACCCACAUGGGGGAACCACACCCCAAUUUUCAAACACGCGGGAAUGGACGUCCAGUCGUACACUUUUUACGACCCUAAAACUUGCGGGCUUGACUUCAAGGGGGCUUUGGAUGACAUCAAUAAAAUCCCUGAAAGGUCCAUAAUACUGUUGCACGCAUGCGCCCACAACCCCACAGGGGUGGACCCUAACUUGGACCAAUGGGCGGAGCUCUCCUCUCUUAUAAAACAACGCAAUCUAUUUCCGUUUUUUGACAUGGCGUAUCAAGGCUUUGCUUCCGGUGAUAUCGACAGAGACGCUCAAGCCGUUCGAUUGUUUAUCAAAGAGGGGCACAAAAUUGUUUUGGCGCAAAGUUUUGCGAAAAAUAUGGGAUUGUACGGUGAAAGGGCGGGGGCGUUUACUGUCACGACCGAAUCGCAGGAAGAGACAGCAAGGGUGAUGUCACAACUGAAGAUUCUGAUUCGUGCCUUGUACUCAAAUCCGCCAAUCAAUGGUGCGAGGAUUGUCGCUGAGAUUUUGACAGAUCCAGCAUUGCGCGCUGAUUGGUUGAAGGAGGUUAAGGGCAUGGCCGAUCGGAUUAUUUCCGUCAGGACUAAGUUAAGGGAUAAUUUGAAGAAGGAAGGGUCGACGAAAAAUUGGCAACAUAUCACUGAUCAAAUAGGGAUGUUUUGUUACACGGGAAUGACUCCCGAUCAGGUGGAGAAAAUAACUAAGGAACACAGCGUUUUUCUCACUAAAGACGGAAGGAUAUCUAUGGCAGGUGUUACGUCGAAAAAUGUCGAGUACUUAGCUCAUGCUAUGCAUACCGUCACCAAGUAGAUUUAAGAACUAAUUUGGCAUUUUUUUGUUUUUUUUUAUUGGCAUUUAUGUGUAAGUAUGCGUGUAGGGUGUAACAGAAUGACAAUGAAUUUGUUACACCCUGUAUAUUAAUGUAUUCUAGGCGCAAGUAUUAUAAAAUAGGAGGUUUGAAUUUUUACAAUUUAUUAAAAUAUAUACUUUAUAAAAUACAUUUUUUGGAUGAACACAGUUCUUAAUACAGUUUGUGGCUUAAUUAAUUAGUUACAAUAAAAUAUUUUACAGACUGUACAA